AACCUAUGAAAUGUAACGGAGACACACCGGGAGAACAGUCCACAGAGUCUCUGUGAAAUGAAGAUCGAUAUUCAUAAUCACAUUUUACCAAAAGAUUGGCCAAAUCUCAAAGAGAGGUAUGGCUACGAUGGGUUCAUCCAACUUCAUCACCACUGCAAAGGGGAGGCCCAAAUGAUGAAGGAUGGAAAAUUGUUUCGAGUGAUUCAAGAGAAUUGUUGGGAUGCAGAAGCUCGCAUUCGGGACAUGGAUAAAUCAGGGGUGACUGUGCAGGCUCUCUCCACCGUUCCUGUAAUGUUUAAUUACUGGGCUAAACCCCAUGACACCUUGGACCUAUGCGGCAUCCUGAAUGAUGACUUGGCGACCACUGUGCAACGCUAUCCAAAGCGCUUCGUUGGUCUGGGCACUCUCCCUAUGCAGGCCCCCGACCUGGCUGUGCUGGAGAUGACCCGCUGUGUGAAGGAUCUGGGCUUUCCUGGGGUUCAAAUCGGCUCUCAUAUCAACAACUGGGACCUCAAUGCCCCUGAGUUAUAUCCCAUCUAUGAAGCUGCAGAGAAGCUCAACUGCUCUUUGUUUGUGCAUCCUUGGGACAUGCAAGUAGAUGGAAGAAUGGCUAAAUAUUGGCUCCCUUGGUUGGUUGGAAUGCCAUCCGAGACAUCUAUGGCCAUAUGCUCCAUGAUAUUCGGUGGGAUUUUUGAGAGAUUUCCCAAACUGAAAGUUUGCUUUGCUCAUGGAGGUGGGUCAUUUCCAUACACAGUUGGUCGAAUAGAACAUGGAUUUCAAGUGCGACCUGAUUUAUGUGCUGUGGACAACAAAAUCAGUCCACGGAAAUACUUGGGCUCCUUCUACACAGACUCACUCGUUCACGACCCCCUUGCUCUGAGGUUACUUCUCGAUGUGAUUGGAAAGGAUAAAGUUAUGCUAGGAACGGACUAUCCAUUUCCGCUGGGAGAGCUGGAGCCUGGAUCACUGAUAGAGUCCAUGGAAGACUUUGAUCAUGCAUUGAAGGAGAGGCUACUUGCAGACAAUGCUCUAGAGUUCUUAGGCCUUAAGCGACAACAGUUUGAAUAAAUUUGUCUUGACUCAAGCAUUACCUAGAGAGGAGUCUUCAAUAAGGACAAAAAGGAAGGUUUACAGUGACAUAUUUAUUAGUCUGUGUGUCUGCUGCUACUAGAGUGUGUGAACAUGUCCUUGGCCUACUGUGCAAGAUAUAACAUACAGUAGUUGCCAUAAAAAAAAACAUCUUCUCUCUGCUUUGUCCUAAGGAAAACAAUGGGCAGGGAACAUGUUAAUGACUAACGUGUCAGUUUUGCUAGAAAUGGCAGUGGUCACAAUAAUAAUUAAAAAAAAAAAAACCAUCCCCUCUAUGAUUUGUCCAAAAGAAAACAUAGAAAUGGAGAGGGAAAUGCUAAUUUUCUGAUUAAUUUAAACAAAACAUGCAGAUAACAUGUUGUACGGCAAUGGACAACUUUUGCACCAUAGAUAAGCAUUACAGAACAGAUAUAGUGAGCUAUACCAUGAACUUUUCGUAAUCAGCACAGACAGGUCCUUCCCUUUUCUCUUCAUGUAUACCCUUCUCUUUCUAUCAUCUAAUGCAAGAUAUUUACAAUGUUUUCACUACAUCGCACUGGAACACAUUGAUCCUCAGAACUGUCAGGGAUUCCCUCCUUGUUUGUGUGUGUGGUGUUCCUCUCAACCUCUCAGGUCUAUUUCUGUGAUACAUCUUGGACACAUUGUCAGUGAUAAACAUUGACUGGUCAGGUGUUUCAUUUUUUUAACAUUUCUUUAACAUUUUUUCUUUGGUUGUUUAAUUAUGUAUGGCAAGUUAAGAGGAGAUUUGGGCACUUUGGGACUCUCAUAACUUGAAAGAAAACAUGAGCCAUGUGCUAGUUUGCAAAAGCCAUUGUCACCUUCACCUUCAAGAAUAUCAGCAAUAUUGAAUGCAAUUUACCAGGCAGGCAAUACCUCUCACAAGUGACAUGCACAAUACCAAGUUGUUGGGGCAAAACUGAUGAAAUAAAACCUUAUUAAGAAUGA